GUUGCACCCCAACAAAAUGCGGCAGAGCCAUUACAGACAGCGCUGUGACUUUGGAGGAGGCACAGAAGCUUAGAAGGUUAGCUGAGCGGGGCUUAUCACUUGCUGGCUCAGAUGGUGGUGCCUCCAUCCUGGACCUUCACUCUGGGGCGCUGUCGAUGGGAAAGCAGUUUGUAAAUGUCUAUAGAUAUUUUAAGAAUGAGAUAAGGGAUGUUUUUACAGAAGAUGAUUUUGAACUGUACAGGGAUGUCCGUAGCCGAAUUCAAAAGAUAAUAGCUGAGACUUUUGGUCUGGACUCCAAACAGAUGUACCUCACCAAGCCCACCUUCUUCUCUCGCAUCAACAGCACCUCUGCCAAAACCACUCAUGAUGAGUACUGGCACCCACAUAUCGAUAAGGAGACUUAUGGAUCCUUUGACUACACAUCUUUGCUCUACUUGUCUGAUUAUGGAAUGGAGUUUGGUGGUGGACGGUUUGUCUUCAUGGAUCCCAGUAGCAACAGGACGGUGGAGCCACGUGCUGGUCGGGUGUCUUUCUUCUCAUCCGGUUCUGAGAACCUCCAUCGUGUGGAGAAGGUCACUUGGGGUACUCGAUAUGCCAUUACAGUGUCCUUCACAUGUGACCCCGAUUAUGCCAUUGAUAACCCCUCCCUGCCGUAGGGUCCACCCGGCUCAAAGGGACUGAUCAGUGACAGGAACCCUAUGGAAAACACACAGGAAAAUUUUGAAACAACUGUUGUGUUCAUGGCAUAAAAAACUCUUAUUUUCCCAUUAUAAAAAUGUUUGGGAUUUUCUGUGCUCAAAUGGGGUUUGUCUCCUUUGUUUAAUUUAAGAUGUGUUAUGUAUUUUCAGGAGAAUUACUUGAAGACACACGCAUCUUGCGGUUUGUCUUGCAUUCCGAAGGUGCUUCUUUACAAUUGAAUUCUGUCUUUCCUGGCUGUGCUUCAUUCUUUAAAAUCUUUUAUGUUAUUAUAGUUAAAUCGCUGUCUAGACCGGAGGUGCAAGUAGGAUGAGAAAACAGGUCUAUCUAAUGAAAACCAAAAACUGGAAAACCGGUUGUCAAAUAUCUCUAUUUAUGUCACAACCUGAAAAAUACUCUUUAUAGGAUUGCUUUCAAAAACUACUUAAACUGCUAGUGAAACAUCAGUGUACCAGAUGCCAAACCUUGUUUUUAGAUGUUACAGCUAAUUGGCUUCUCUGCUUACAGACCCACAACCCAAAACUAAGUGCUGUUGUGUGUGUUGAAGUGAUAUUCAGAACAGAAGGAUGUUACUUCUCUCACCUAAUGCAUGGGUAACCAUCAACAUCAUCUCAGUAGUUUGUUUUUAAACCUUAGGCUAUAUAUUUGUCAAAACCUGUGUUGACAUUUAGGAAACACUAACCUUGAAUUUGUUUGCCUUUUUAGACACAUUCUGAAUCUGCUUAUACAUGCAAUGCUUGUUAUUCAAAUGCAUGCAUCAGCUUUAUUAUAAUAGGUCAAAAAGUUUGUUUUCUCUCUACCCGUAUGUGAUGAUUCAUGAAUUUUGGCUGAUGCCUAAUUUGCUGCUCCUGUUGCAUCACCAGUAGCUUAAUUGGAAAUCUCUCUUGGUCUGUAAUGUUCCUUUCUUUAGCUGCUAAUCCCUUCAUGUUUCAGGAAAUCUAAAUGUAUCGUUUCAGGUUUAUGCAAAUCAAGUCGGUUUUGCCAACAGCAAUCAGAGUCUUGUGUCUCAGGGUAGACCACCUCAGUGACACGUUGAUUUACUACCACUGUAUACAAUAGACUGAAAUACAAUGCGUCCAUAUUUUGUGGAAUUGCUUAUUUAUCUGUGAGGAGCUGCAUUUGCUUGAGAUGAUGGGGUUGGAUAUUGUUGCUCAUGCGUCAUGUGCGUAAGUGUACGUGUUUGUUUUGAAAAAUGAGAAGGAUGUUCGCUCCCUUUCAAAAGUAUGGAGUCAGUAAGAUUUUGUUUUUUGAAAGUAUCUCUUAUGCUUAAGGCUGUAUUUAUUUAAAAUACUGUAAAAACAGUCAUAUUUUGAAAUAUUAUUACAACAUAAAAUGACAGUUUUUCUUUUUUAAUUAAAUGUCAUUUAUUAUAUGAUGCCAAAGCAAAAUUUUCAGCAGCCUUUAUUCUAGUCUUCAGUGUCACAGGAUCCUUCCAAAAUCUGAUUUAGUAUGCUGAUUUUUGUGCUCAGGAAACAUUCAUUGUUAUUAUGAUGAAAACAGCUGUGCUCCUGAAUACUUCCGUGGAAACCUUGAAUAAGAAAGUGCAAAGUAACAGUACUUUUUUUUUUUUUUUUUUUUUACAAUUAAUAUUUCUACAAUUUUCACUUUUGAUCAAUUUCAUGCAUCCUUGCUGAAUAAAAUUAUUAUUUCCUUAAAAAAAUAUAUCUAAAGUCAUACUGACACCACAUUUUUGAAUGGUAUAAGUAAACAUUUUGGCUAUAUACUGUACAUUUACAUAAGAGAAGGAGUGUUGAAGUAUGCGCUAGUUUGAUGUGCAUUAGUCUUAUGAUAUUGUUAUCUGUUUAAAGCCUUACCAGAUCUUUCUUAAUCUCAUUACAUUCUUAUUAUCUAGUCCUAAAGAUUACAAUUUGCCUGAUUGUUGGCAGCUGCUUCAAUGUUAAGACCGCUUUUAAACUGGAAUGAAAGUCCACAGCUGAUAUGUACGGCUUUUGGCAGAGGUUUUUCCAAUGAGUGCUGUUUUGAAGAACAGAUGUUGUCAAUUAAAUGAUACUACAAAACAAA